UAUCUUCUUCAGCAGAAUGAAUAUAUUUCUUACAAAAUUAAUUUAUUCUUAUAUAUUCUAUUUCAAGCUCAAGAUUUCUUCGGUGUAAGUUGAGAUGUUCCUUUCACAUUUUUUGGCCCACAAAGUAUAUUUAUUUAUAAUUACCUCUGCAAUGCAUAUCCUUAAACCCAUUAUUUACCGUGACGUUUAAGCAUACGUGGCAUCAAAGGUAUUACGCCACGUCACUAUCAUUACCCUCUCCGCUCUUCUUAUAUUUUACACCAAAGCCAUCUUAUUGAUCACAAAGACAAAACCAUCAAAGAAUCCCCAUCAAAAAAAGAAAAACACAAGUACUUGAAUAGUUUAAAAGAUAAAAGAAAAUGGAAGGCCUGAUUCCAUUCUUGUACAAAGCCGUGGUCAUGUAUAAAAGAGAAGGAAGCUUUUCGUCAGCUUUGCUCAGCGACCAUCAUUCUCCUUCUACUUCAGGUUACUACAUGAGACUUCCUGACGACUCCUCCGGUAGAUUUCGAACGUCAGACCUCAGGCGAUUUGGGACGGACCGUCUUGGAUUGCUUAAAACGACGCCUUCUUCACCAUCUCGCUCGCCCACUAGGAACAUCACGAAACGUACGUAAGGAGUGUUCUGGAUAUAUACUAUUUACAUAACGAUAUAACUACUAUGUAUUAAUAUAUGUUACCUGUAGUUCAGCGUAAAUUAUUAUACUUGCAUGUAAAACUACGUUUUGUUAAGUCAUCAUAAUCAUGGUUAAACUGUAAAUAUAAGGACAUCCAGAAUUAUGAUGAUGGAAUUUAACAAAGAUGUUAAUAGUUUACGGUGGAUCGAUCAUGUAUUUAUAAUUUGUGUAGUGGAUUUGUCAAUAUUGUGUGCACUUGUAAAUUAAAGUGUGAUCAUUCAAAAGAAAAAGUGUGUAAUAUCUAUCAUAUGUGAAUUUUUUUUCUAUAGCAAACAUCUUAUUUAUCA